AAUUUUUAUCGCCCGAAACAAUACUAUUUAAUUUUCCCAAUUUGGUGCUUCGUGUUCCGGUGUUUAAUAGAAAUUCCAAACGUGUACAGAUAAAUUUCCAAAGUUAUAUUUUUGAAUUCGGAUAUAUUUAUACAGAAUUGUAAAUAAGGCUAUUUUAAAUUAUGGAAGUAUCGGAAAAUAUCGUUGUAAAUAAUUCUGUUGGUGAUACAUCAUCGAAAAAACUGAGUCCAUGGGGAAAAAGUCCUCCUGUGGCACCGUGUUCCUUGGCUUCGGUUAUGGAUGAAGAAAUCGCUAAGGAACUUCAAGCUAAAGAGGAUUACUUGGCUGGAUAUCAUCUUCAAGUAGACAAAGCUUCAUCUGCUAACACGUUUGAAGGAGGAACAAGUCCAGACACUGAAAAUGAUUUUCUCUUGGCCCAAAUGAUGCAACUUGAGUAUGAUAAAGAGUAUGAUCGCACAAUUGAUUCAAUGGAAAAGAGAUACAAUGGGGAAAGUAAAGUGUCUGUAUCCUUUGACAAUUUCCGCAAUGUUCAUCCAAUCUUGAAGGAAGAUUCUAGCUCUUCAGAUUCAGAUGAGUGGAAUGAAGAGGAAUUAGAUCCUCCUCAUAGGCAUCCAAAGCCUCAGACCAAACAAUCUUCUGGCAAUAAUAAAAAGGAAAUAAUCACCAAACAUGAUUCAACAGUGUGUGGUCGUCGUAAUGUAAAGAUCAUGGAAAAGUUUCCACCAAGUUUUGCUGCUGGUGAUAUUGGCAGUGCAGGACUGGAUCUCAAGCUGUCUAAUGGAGUGUUCAACACUUUGAAACAACAUUCUUACCGUGAAGAGCGUCAGAGUGCACGUCUCCACGAGAAGAAGGAACAUUCAACACAUGAGCAAGUUUUAGACCCCAAAACAAGGCUGAUGUUGUACAAACUGGUGAAUGGAGAAGUUCUGGAGGCUGUAAAUGGUUGUGUCAGUACAGGAAAAGAGGCUUGUGUGUUUCAUGCUAAUGGUGGAAGGAGAGAGGAGGAACCAAUGCCAGAAGAAUGUGCUGUCAAAGUGUUCAAAACAACUUUGAAUGAAUUCAAGACCAGAGAUCGGUACAUCAAAGACGAUCAUCGUUUUAAAGAUCGCUUCAGUAAGCAGAAUCCCAGAAAAAUCAUCAAGCUGUGGGCAGAGAAGGAAAUGUGCAAUUUGAGCAGAAUGAAGAAAGCUGGUAUUCCAUGUCCAUCAGUGGCACUCCUGAAGAAACAUAUACUAAUCAUGAGUUUUAUUGGCAAGAAUCAACAACCUGCACCUAAACUGAAAGAUGCUGUUCUGUCUGCACGCCAAUUACAACAGGCGUACCAACAGUGUGUUCAGAUGAUGUGUACAAUGUACCAGAAAUGCAAGCUGAUUCAUGCUGAUUUGAGUGAAUAUAACAUGUUGUGGCAUGAAGACAAAGUCUGGUUUAUUGAUGUCAGUCAGUCGGUGGAACCAAUGCAUCCCCAUGCCUUGGAGUUUCUCUAUAGAGACUGCACAAAUGUUGUUGAGUUCUUCACCAAGUGCCAAGUUCCAGAUGUUCUACCAGCUCACGACUUGUUUAAUAAGGUCUCACAAUUGGACAUCACACCCAGCACAGAACAAGGUUUUCUUUCCCAGGUUCAAGCUUAUGAGAAACAUGAACUUUCCAUUGGAGGGAGAAAGAAUGAAGAGCCAUACGACUUUGAUUACUUUUUUAACAAGACAAGCACUUAGUUGGAAUGAUUGGUUUUAGAAAUUACUCACAGGGCAGAUGUAUGCCUCGACUCUUCCAUUACAAUUGAUGAAAAUUGCUUCUCAAACAUCUCCACUUUGUGGUAGAUUAAUACACUGUUGUGUAGAGGUGUCUCACCAAAAAAAAAAGAUGUACAUCUGUACCUGGUAGAACAUUAGGCAUGCCCAUCUCUAUCUGGGCAAGUAUACUGGACAUGAAGAACUGUAUGUCCUAACGAUAUUCUUGAAAUAAAAUUGUGCUGGGAAUUAGUGCUGAUAAUUUAAAAAAUUAGCCUUUUCCUCAAGUUGUGGAAUGACAUUUUAACAAUAUUCAGAUUCUAACACUCUGCAGACUUUCCAUUGCAAAACUUUGACUGCAAGAAUUAAAGAAUGAGAACUUAACAAAGGAGUUACACUCUUAUUUAAUCCAUAAAUACACGUACAGUAGACUGAAAAUGAAAACUUUAAAAAGAAUAUUUUAAAAAUUGAAGUAUAGUUUUACUUUCUUACUUGUAACUGUGGCACUAUGUAAAUUGUUUUGCUCCAUUUUACGACUGUCAGUACUGUUGUGAAUGAAUUUUGAUUGUGUGUACUACUAAAUGUUUGUAUUAUUUGUUACUAGACAUUUAAAAACUGACAGUAAAAAAAUGUAUACUCUGAACUUGAGCCAAGGGGCCCAUCCAGCUGGAGCUUAUCCUGGUUUCCAUAGCAUGAAGG